AUGUCCAGCUUCGCCCUGCCGCGGCGCGCGACGUUGACAAGAAGGCCGCUCGUCGCCGCCGUCGCGGCCGCCGCCCUGUGCCUCGCGCUCGUCGCCGUCGCCGCGACCCACGACGAGGCGAGCGUAGCAAAGCGACCGGCCCUCGCGCGGCAGCAGUCUGGACCGUUCGGCGACGUUUCUCGGACAAUCUGGGCCUCGGACAAGUACCGCGGAGAUCUGGGGCGGUCCCUCUUCCUCACUAUCUUCGGACCCGGAGUGAUAAUAGCGGUCCUCGUCGGGGCGCGGUGCCGGGACCCGCCCCGGCGGCGGCGGAAGAACGUGCCCGUCGCGCACGCGAGAUACGACGGCGAGGCCGAGGCGGUCGUCGCCGAUGCGAGUGAUGACGACGAGCUUGAUUUAUUGCCGGCGGCGCGGCCCGUCCACCGGAACCCCUUCGGUUCGCCGGGGCGACCACAAUCCCGCGAGGUGUAACCCUACUUGUGUUU